AUGGUGCGCAAUAUUGUCGUUCUGGGAGGCAAUUCCCACCCCCAGCUCACAGAAGCCGUGUGUAACAUCCUCGGCGUUCCUCAAAGUAACCGCAUCCUUUCAAAAUUCUCUGGUGGAGAGAGUCGUUGCGAAAUCAAGGACUCGGUCCGUGGAAAGGAUGUCUACAUCAUUCAAUCCGGCUCGGGCAACGUCAAUGACAACCUCAUUGACCUCUGCAUCAUGAUCUCGGCCUGCAAAAUCGGUUCAGCAAAGCGAGUCACUGCAGUUGUCCCACUAUUCCCCUACUCCCGACAGCCCGACUGGCCCUACAACAAGGCCGGUGCUCCUUUGUCGCAAGCCUCUGGGGGUUCCCGAAAUGACUACACCUUCGAGAGCGUGCCGCCCACACCUCGCCCCGGCGCCCCUCGGUCUGCCGGCUUGCCCAAUGGCGUUAACAACCUCACUGAGAAGCUGUCCAAGACUGCGAUCGCCAGGGAGAGCGCUGCUAACGGUGUCAAUGGUGUUAAUGGCACCAAUGGCGAUUACGCGCCGCCUCGCCGUUCGGAUACGAUCUCGAGCACCACUUCCAACCGUGGUCACCAGCAGGAGAAUUCGAUUUCCUCGCAGCGAAGUUUCACGACCCACGACUACGAGAAUCAGUCCAACAUCUCGGCUUUCCAGCCUAAGCCUGGUUACAAGCACUGGAUUGCCCAGGCCGGCACUCUGGUUGCCGACCUGCUCACUUGCGCUGGCGCAGACCACAUCAUCACUAUGGACCUUCACGAUCCCCAAUACCAGGGCUUCUUUGAUAUUCCCGUCGACAACCUCUACGGAAAGGCUCUGAUCCAGAACUAUAUCCAGUCACAAAUCCCUGGCUACCAAAACUCUGUCAUCGUCUCCCCCGAUGCCGGAGGUGCGAAGCGAGCUACCCUGAUCGCUGACAGCCUCAAGACGGAUUUUGCCCUGAUUCAUAAGGAGCGCCGUCCGAUCCGAUUCACCGAGCACCGCAAUGCCAGCAUGAUGCUUGUGGGUGAUGUCGCAAACCGCAUCUGCAUCCUGGUCGACGACAUCAUUGACACUGGCAACACCAUCACGCGCGCUGCUAAGCUUCUGAAGAAGGAGGGCGCUACCAAGGUGUACGCUCUUCUCACUCACGGAGUGUUUAGCGGUGACGCCAUUGCCCGUAUCAAUGCUUCUGCCAUUGACAAGAUUCUGGUUACCAACUCGGUCCCCCAGAACGAGCACCGACGACUAUGUCCCAAGCUCGAGGUGAUCGACAUCUCGCCCGUCUUUGCCGAGGCCAUCCGCCGUGUCCACCACGGCGAGUCGAUCAGCGUACUUUUCCAGCACAACUAAACCACCAACUACUGACAUCCACGGUUUGUCAUGAGUCCAGUGACAACCUCAACCAAUCAUACUAUGGCGUUUUACUCGACAUGGACGAAUAAUCGAGUCCAGUCGGAUCCUUGAUUUCUAAACGGCCUUGUACGAGGAGCAUCCCGCCCUCGGUACCGCAGUCGCGACGCUCAUCCCCGUCAUGCGACGUUUUGUUCUGACCUGGGAUGUUUUAUUUUGGAGUUUAAGGGGAGCUUUGGGUGCUUGUCUUAUCUGCCAGGCCUUGGUUUCCCGGCCGUUUCGAUAUUUUUCCAUUUCAUCCCCCACCCCCUAGAAUGUAUCCUGACGGGAUACUUGGAACGGCACACGUCGGUGUGCAGUAUAACAAAAAGGAGACACUGUGGAAGGAAAGGAAAGGGUUUGGUAUAGGCUGGUGCAGCGUGGGUAGGAGGAAGGGGUUUCUUGCUUUCUACUAUGCUGCACAAUCUCAUCCAUUCCCACGGUUUUAGAACCCUUUCUUUCUCUUUUGUUGAUUCCUUGAUUCUUUUGCUACACACACAAACACAAACAACAACAAAAUCUUGAAAAACCUUGCUUGAGGGUUAGUAG